CUUUAUAUUUAAAUUCUUCUUCAACACACUAACCUUCCUUCGUCCCUCUCAACGGUUUCUAGAGAGAGAGAGAGAGAAACUAAAAGUCUCCGUUUAGAGAGAGAAAGUAGAAAACACCGAUGGCCGGCGUUAAUCCAAACGGUGCCGCGGAUUUUCCGGCGGUUCCGACUCACGGUGGACAGUUCAUUCAGUACAACAUCUUCGGUAACCUCUUUGAGGUCACCGCUAAGUACCGUCCUCCGAUCAUGCCUAUCGGUCGUGGAGCUUACGGAAUCGUUUGCUCGGUGUUGAAUACUGAGACUAAUGAGCUGGUUGCUGUUAAGAAGAUAGCGAACGCGUUCGAUAAUCACAUGGAUGCGAAGCGCACACUCCGUGAGAUUAAGCUCCUGAGGCAUCUGGAUCAUGAAAACGUGAUUGGCUUAAGAGAUGUUAUUCCUCCACCCCUUCGUAGAGAGUUUAAUGAUGUCUAUAUUGCAACGGAGCUCAUGGAUACUGAUCUUCAUCACAUUAUUCGCUCAAAUCAGGGCCUGUCGGAGGAACACUGCCAGUACUUCUUGUAUCAGAUUCUUCGUGGGCUGAAGUACAUACAUUCUGCAAACAUAAUUCAUAGAGAUUUGAAACCAAGCAAUCUGUUGCUGAAUGCAAAUUGUGACUUGAAGAUUAUUGAUUUUGGUCUUGCGCGGCCAACUUUAGAAAAUGAUUUCAUGACAGAGUAUGUUGUCACAAGGUGGUACAGGGCUCCUGAACUGCUGUUGAACUCGUCUGAUUACACUUCUGCAAUUGAUGUUUGGUCUGUUGGUUGCAUCUUUAUGGAACUCAUGAAUAAAAAGCCUCUCCUCCCAGGGAAGGAUCACGUGCAUCAGAUGCGCCUAUUGACAGAGCUUCUUGGCACUCCAACUGAGGCAGACCUUGGGUUAGUGAAAAGUGAGGAUGCGAGAAGAUACAUCCGACAACUUCCUCAAUAUGCUCGCCAACCUUUAGCUAGGAUCUUCCCCCAUGUUCAUCCCUUGGCCAUUGAUCUUGUUGAUAAAAUGUUGACAAUUGAUCCAACUAAAAGAAUUACAGUUGAAGAAGCACUGGCCCAUCCAUAUCUUGAAAAGCUGCAUGAUAUAGCCGACGAACCUGUCUGCAUGGAGCCAUUCUCAUUUGACUUUGAGCAACAGCAGUUGGAUGAAGAACAAAUAAAAGAGAUGAUCUACAGAGAGGCAUUGGCACUCAAUCCUGAGUAUGCUUAAAGUAAAAUGACAUGAGCAAUUUGAAGUUUAGAAGGUAAUAAUAAAUUAUUAAAAAAAAUAAUGUGUAAUCAAUUCUUUUAUUGCAAAGUUCACCACAGUGGGAAGUUGUUACAGGCAGGAAAGAACCAAGUUGAACGAGGAUUGAAUCCUAUUGCUGAUCAAACCUUCCCGGGUAAAUCCUGUUCAAUAUGUGAGAUUAGUUAGGUUCAAUUUAAUGCUUUUAAAACAAAUGAGUGCCUUAGUGUUGUAAAGCACCAUAUAAUGAUUAUUACUCCCCAGAAUUCAAUAUCUUGGGUUCUUUUCUUCUUUUGGGCCGAGGCCCUGUUUUUGUGGUCAACUCACCUUGUGUGUUGGCUAAAUUAUUUUGCUUUGUAACUUUUCGCGACCUUGAUUGCAGUUUUAUAUGCUAUAUUAUCUGUAUAGAUUAUUUAAUUUCA